CACCUUGAAACUAGGUAACAGGUAACCCAGAAGACUGGCCAAGCAUAAAAUUACAGCCACAAACAGCCCUGCAGAGAACAUCUCAGGAGGGCGGCUGCUGGGUUUUUGUUGUUUUGUUGUUGUUUUCAUCUUUCUUGGCCAAAGGAAGCAGGUGGUAAGAGAACUCAACCACAGCUCCUGAACUCCUUGAGAUUUACAGAGCUCUGUCACCUGGGGUAAGACUGUCAUUCUUCCAGGUUUUCUUCCUGUCCAAGAAAACGGACAUGGUGUUUUUCAUGGUAUUUUCAAACUGGAAGAUCAAGACAGAAACUUUGGUCAUCAGGAAUGGAGAGAUUGCCCAAUGAAAUGACAGAAUUGAUCAUUAGGAUGUUUGUUACUCAAAAAGCCAAUUUUUUAAAGAAGGAUGCAUUAAAAUAAUUCAACAUGCUAAUAUGGCACACUCCUCUGCUGCCUAACGGCAAGUGUUGCUAUUAGCAGAGGAAGAUUUGUUCUAGGAAAGAAGUAUUCUAGAGGGCCAGAAAGAACAGGUAUUGCUCCACCCGGGUAAACGCUGACUCAACUCUGUAGGGCUGGCACGCUCUUUCCUCACCUCACCCCUCCUGCCAAGAACAACUGAGAUCCAGAAAUAACAGAAUUAGCGAGAGAAGGGGAAAUAUGCAGGACGGUGAUGAUGAGUAUGCACGAGGGAGUGCCAGGCAGUUUUAAUCGUUAAUGUUCUCCGUCUAUUGCUAGAGAAAAUGUCUUUCCUUGGAGGAGGCAUUGGCACGAGUUACUAUAAACUCCCUCUGAAUCUCAACACUUCUGGGACGCCGAUUCUGCUCCUGGCCUGGGGCAGGGCGUGGGAGCUUGGAAGCCAGCGCUGCGCUCCCCGUGGGAAGCGAUCGCCUACUCCAUCAACUCGCGCCCGGGCACUUAUCCCCUCCCGUUUCAGGGCGCCGCCUCCCCGGAUGGCAAACCCUAUAAAGUGGCGGCGAAUAAGGUUCCUCCUGCUGCUCUGGGUUUAGUCCAGCUACAAGGUCAGCGAGAUCCCGCGCCCCCCGGAGCAUCGCGUGCAGGAGCCAUGGCACAGGAGCUAUACCACGAGGAGUUCGCCCGGGCUGGCAAGCAGGCGGGACUGCAGGUCUGGAGGAUUGAGAAGCUGGAGCUGGUGCCCGUGCCCCAGAGCGCUCACGGAGACUUCUACGUCGGGGAUGCCUACCUGGUGCUGCAUACGGCCAAGACUAGCCGAGGCUUCACCUACCGCCUGCACUUCUGGCUCGGAAAGGAGUGUUCCCAGGAUGAAAGCACAGCUGCUGCCAUCUUCACUGUUCAGAUGGAUGACUAUUUGGGUGGCAAACCAGUGCAGAAUAGAGAACUUCAAGGAUAUGAGUCUACUGACUUUGUUAGCUAUUUCAAAGACGGUCUGAAAUACAAGGCUGGAGGCGUGGCAUCUGGAUUAAACCACGUUCUUACAAACGACCUGACAGCCAAGAGGCUCCUACAUGUGAAGGGUCGUAGAGUGGUGAGAGCCACAGAAGUUCCCCUUAGCUGGGACAGUUUCAACAAGGGUGACUGCUUCAUCAUUGACCUUGGCACUAAAAUUUAUCAGUGGUGUGGUUCCUCAUGCAACAAAUAUGAACGUCUGAAGGCAAACCAGGUAGCUACUGGCAUUCGUUACAAUGAAAGGAAAGGAAGGUCUGAACUAAUUGUCGUGGAAGAAGGAAGUGAACCCUCAGAACUUAUAAAGGUCUUAGGAGGAAAGCCGGAGCUUCCAGAUGGAGGUGAUGAUGAUGACAUUAUAGCAGACAUAAGUAACAGGAAAAUGGCUAAACUAUACAUGGUGAGUUCACUGUGGGCUCAUGAAAGUCGACCCUGGUGUGGCAGAAGAAAACCCCGCCCCCCCUUCCGAUGCAAUGGCUGCCCUUCCGAAGACUGCAUCUAUUGGAUCACCGGGCCCAUUCACAUUCGCUAUGGGGGGGUGAAUUCCAUUGGCGGGAUAACUGGGUAUCGAUUUCUCUUUAAUUUACCUUGUAUUUUAGGUAAAGAUGCUAAUCCCCAGGAGAGGAAGGCUGCAAUGAAGACAGCUGAAGAAUUUCUACAGCAAAUGAAUUAUUCCAAGAAUACCCAAAUUCAAGUUCUUCCAGAAGGAGGUGAAACACCAAUCUUCAAACAGUUUUUUAAGGACUGGAGAGAUAAAGAUCAGAGUGAUGGCUUCGGGAAAGUAUAUGUCACAGAGAAAGUGGCUCAAAUAAAACAAAUUCCCUUUGAUGCCUCAAAAUUACAUAGUUCUCCACAGAUGGCAGCCCAGCACAAUAUGGUGGAUGAUGGUUCUGGCAAAGUGGAGAUUUGGCGUGUAGAAAACAAUGGUAGGAUCCAAGUUGACCAAAACUCAUAUGGUGAAUUCUAUGGUGGUGACUGCUACAUCAUACUCUACACCUAUCCCAGAGGACAAAUUAUCUACACGUGGCAAGGAGCAAAUGCCACACGAGAUGAGCUGACAACAUCUGCGUUCCUGACUGUUCAGUUGGAUCGGUCCCUCGGAGGACAGGCUGUGCAGAUCCGAGUCUCCCAAGGCAAAGAGCCUAUUCACCUGCUGAGUUUGUUCAAAGACAAACCGCUCAUUAUUUACAAGAAUGGAACAUCAAAGAAAGGAGGUCAGGCACCUGCUCCCCCUACACGCCUCUUUCAAGUCCGGAGAAACCUGGCAUCUAUCACCAGAAUUGUGGAGGUUGAUGUUGAUGCACAUUCACUGAAUUCUAACGAUGUUUUUGUCCUGAAACUGCCACAAAAUAGUGGCUACAUCUGGAUAGGAAAAGGUGCUAGCCAGGAGGAGGAGAAAGGAGCAGAGUAUGUAGCAAGUGUCCUCAAGUGCAAAACCUUACGGAUCCAAGAAGGCGAGGAGCCAGAGGAGUUUUGGAGUUCCCUUGGAGGGAAAGAAGACUACCAGACCUCACCACUACUGGAGACCCAGGCUGAAGACCAUCCACCUCGGCUUUAUGGCUGCUCUAACAAAACUGGAAGAUUCAUUAUUGAAGAGGUUCCAGGAGAGUUCACCCAGGAUGAUUUAGCAGAAGAUGAUGUUAUGUUACUAGACGCUUGGGAACAGAUAUUUAUUUGGAUUGGCAAAGAUGCUAAUGAAGUUGAGAAAAAAGAAUCUCUGAAGUCUGCCAAAAUGUACCUUGAGACAGACCCUUCUGGAAGAGACAAGAGGACACCAAUUGUCAUCAUAAAACAAGGCCAUGAGCCACCCACAUUCACAGGCUGGUUCCUGGGCUGGGAUUCCAGCAAGUGGUAAACUGGUGUUUGUAAAAAGCAAACAAACAUUACAAGGCAGUUAUCUCAUUGCUCUUUUGGGAGAGGAACAGGAAAAGCUUUUUGUUUAUUUGUCUUUAGAAAAUUAAGGCCGGGUGCAGUGACUCACACCUGUAAUCCCAGCACUUUCGGAGGCUGAGGCAGUCAGAUCAUUUGGGGUCAGGAUUUCGAGACCAGCCUGGCCACCAUGGCAAAACCCCGUGUCUA